AUGGUGUCCAAAGCCUCGCACGCGACGCACAAGGGUGUCCGGGUACCCUGUCAUGCCGAGUCACCGCCCUCGUCCCCCAAGUACCUCGAGCUCGACGUGCACCCCGACUUCAAGCGCGGCGACCUGAUCGUCGCGUGCAUCGCGAACAACGUCGCGUUCAAGGUUCACGGCGCCAUGCUCAAGGCGACUGUUCCCGCCCUCUUCGAGUCCAAGGCCGCUGCCAAGCACAGUGCCAACGUGCGCAGCUGGGCCUGGGACGACGACACGAUCAAGAUCAACAUCCAGUGGGUUGACGACGAGGCCGUUGAUGUCGCCGCCUUCCUGGCCUUCAUCGCCGCUGGACAGCCCAUGGCACACAAGCAGACGCCCUGUCUCGCCCAUUACCGCUCGCUGCUCAAGCUUCUCGACAAGUACGGCGGACGGCCGUACCUCUACGGUGUAGUGCGCGACGACAUUCACCACCGUGCGAGCGACAUCGCCAAGUGCCUAACCGCCCACUGUCCCCGCUGUCACCCAGUGAUCAAGAAAACAGAACUCGACCUGUUUCUGCUCGCUUGCCGGGUCCACAACUCCCACAUAUGGGAAGCUGUCGUGUUCCGCAAGGAAUGCUCGCUCAACCCGUGGGAGUUUGACGCGGCGACUGUCAAGGCCGCCGGCGAGACGUGCUACCAUGCCCUGGCGUUCGUUGUCAAAAAGCGCGCGCUGGGCCACGAUGUCACGGGUCUCGAGGCGAGAUUCGCAGAUGACGGCAAGCUUCACUUUGUCAAGAAGCUCCGCCCCGACAAGAAGAUCCCGGUGUAG